CCCAUUUCUUCCAUAGCGUCACCACGUUCAGCACUUGAUCACUUUAACAUACAGCAAGAGAAAGAGGAGGGAAACUCACCUCAUCAUGGCGACGCUCGAACAGGAGCUCCUGGCGGAUUUCGCUGAUUCCGGCUCCGAGGGCGAGGGCGAGGGCGGAGAUCUGGGGCUCGAUGCGCGCAACGAUGUCGACCAGCUGGAGAAGGACUUCGGAGGCGGCUCGUCGGCCGGCGAAGAGAAUGAGCAGGAGGACGACGACGAGGAAAUGGCAGAUGAGGAGGCGGAAUACGCGGAAGAGCAGAAAAAGCAGAAGGGCCCUGCGGACAUUCGCGGUGCGGCGAGUUUGCUGAACAAGCUGCAGCGCGUGUUGCGGGAGAUUGAGCAGACGAAAGAGCGCAUGGAGGGCUUGAUGGACGGCGAGUCGAUUGAGGAACAUCCCGAGUACAGGCUCCUGACACAGGCGAACGAGUUCUCGACGCAGAUUGAUGGGGAGAUUGCGGCGGUGCACAAGUUCAUUCGAGACCAUUACUCGAUUCGUUUUCCGUACCUGGAAGAGCUCAUCAAGAACCCUGUGGACUAUGCGAAGACGGUCGCGAUUAUCAAGAAUGGCCCCUUGGAUGAUAUCAAGACCAUCUCGCAGAGUGCAGACAAUCUGGUUGGCGUGCCGCUAAAGAGCAUCCUCGAUGGACCUUCACUCAUGGUCGUCACCGUCGAAGCUACACGCGCCAUCGGACGCGACCUAACCACCACCGAACUCGAUGCCAUCCUCGAAGCCUGCACCCUCCUGCUGAAGCUCGACCAGGCCAAGCGCGUACUGACACAAUUCGUACAAUCCCGCAUGAACGUCUUCGCGCCCAACCUGACCGCCCUGAUCGGCUCCGAAACCGCCGCCCAAUUCAUCGGCUUCACCGGCGGCCUAACGGGCCUCGCGAAGACGCCCGCCUGCAACAUCCCACCGCUAGGCUCCAACAAGGCCAGCGGCCUCGGCUUCUCGACAAACGUCGGCAUCCGCCAACAAGGCUACCUCUACCACAGCCCCAUCAUCCGCACCGUGCGCCAGGACCUCAAGAAACAAGCCAUGCGCAUCGUGGCCGCCAAAGUCAUCCUCGCCGCCCGCAUCGACAUGGUGCACCAAUCCCCCGACGGCUCCAUGGGCCAGCAGCUCCGCGCCGAAUGCGAGCGCCGCCUGGACAAACUCACCGAACCGCCCAAGAACAAAGGCGUCCGCGCCCUACCGGCACCAGACGACAAGCCGGCGCGCAAACGCGGCGGCCGUAGAGCACGCAAGGCGAAGGAAGCGACCGCCAUGACUGAGCUGCGUAAAGCGCAGAACAGAAUGGCAUUCGGUAAAGAGGAGAAGGAAGUCGGAUACGGAACGGGGGAUACCACGCGCGGACUCGGCAUGAUCGGCGCGACCGACAGCGGGCGGCUCCGCUCGCAGCAAAUCGACCAGCGCACGCGCGCCAAACUGUCCAAGAAGAAUCCCGGUUGGGGCGGCGAUACGGCGCUCGGGGCUGCGUCGUCGCUCAAGGGGUUCGGCACGGGCGGGACGGCGACGACGCUGCGGGCGCAGGGGCUCCGGACCGCGGGCGUGGGCGGAGGCGCGCUGGGUACGUCGUCGAUUGCGUUUACGCCUGUGCAGGGGUUGGAGCUCGUGGAUCCAAAGGUCAGGGAUGAGAUGUCGAGGAAGAGGAAGGCGGAGGAGGAUCGGUGGUACAAGGGUGGGACCUUCACGCAGAUUGGGGGAGCCGCGCAGCAGCGGAAUGGGAAUGCCAAUGGGAAUGGAAGUGCGAAUGCGAAUGCGGCGGUCAAGGUGGAUAGUGCGGGGUUCAAGGUGCCGAGUUUGCCGGUUAAGAAGAGGAAGGUGGAUGGGGAGUAGGUUUUAUAGAAGGGAUGGGGGAGAGGUACAUGUUCAGCAUAUGGGUUUGAGGGAUCGUGGUUAGGGAAGGGAGGGUACGGUGAUGGUUGGCGUUCAGGGUAGUCUGGGAGCGGGUUUACAGUGUAUCAUUUGGUCAUGCAUAGGGCGGCGUUAUGUAAAGGUAACUGUCGAGCGAAGGCAAUGGGCAUUUUCUGUUCACUUGAUGGCCUUUCCUGGCCAUGGUAGAUAUCCCACAUAAGAUCAAUGUAUGAAUGAAAGGAAAGCUGAGAGC